AUGGGAGGUGUGAGAGAAUUGCUGCUCGUUGUAAUGACUGUGGGGGUUGUCAAAGUUUCUUGUUACCCUGUUGGAAAGUCCCAGAAGCAAGAUCAAGUCUCUCUGCAGAGGAGACUUGGAGAGCUGUCAUCAAAUGACGUCUCCAUUGUGCAUGCCCUGGCCUUGCUCCGAUCCAUAGGGUCUGACGCUAAACAAGCCAGAGAAGAGUAUUUAGAGACCAAUGAAGUAGAAUCCCAAGCUUCUCCAAACCAUGGUAGCUCUCCGGCAAAUGAUGCCCUGUCCUCUGAGGAGAAGCUGAGGCGCGUGUCCUCGGACGACGCCACCUCUGACGCUGCGACCGGCCCGUCUGGCGACGACGCCACCUCUGAAGCUGCGACCGGCCCGUCUGGCGACGACGCCACCUCUGGAGCUGCGACCGGCCCGUCUGGCGACGACGCCACCUCUGGAGCUGCGACCGGCCCGUCUGGCGACGACGCCACCUCUGGAGCUGCGACCGGCCCGUCUGGCGACGACGCCACCUCUGGAGCUGCGACCGGCCCGUCUGGCGACGACGCCACCUCUGGAGCUGCGACCGGCCCGUCUGGCGACGACGCCACCUCUGGAGCUGCGACCGGCCCGUCUGGCGACGACGCCACCUCUGGAGCUGCGACCGGCCCGUCUGGCGACGACGCCACCUCUGGAGCUGCGACCGGCCCGUCUGGCGACGACGCCACCUCUGGAGCUGCGACCGGCCCGUCUGGCGACGACGCCACCUCUGGAGCUGCGACCGGCCCGUCUGGCGACGACGCCACCUCUGGAGCUGCGACCGGCCCGUCUGGCGACGACGCCACCUCUGGAGCUGCGACCGGCCCGUCUGGCGACGACGCCACCUCUGGAGCUGCGACCGGCCCGUCCGGCGACGACGCCACCUCUGGAGCUGCGACCGGCCCGUCCGGCGACGACGCCACCUCUGGAGCUGCGACCGGCCCGUCCGGCGACGACGCCACCUCUGGAGCUGCGACCGGCCCGUCCGGCGACGACGCCACCUCUGGAGCUGCGACCGGCCCGUCCGGCGACGACGCCACCUCUGGAGCUGCGACCGGCCCGUCCGGCGACGACGCCACCUCUGGAGCUGCGACCGGCCCGUCCGGCGACGACGCCACCUCUGGAGCUGCGACCGGCCCGUCCGGCGACGACGCCACCUCUGGAGCUGCGACCGGCCCGUCUGGCGACGACGCCACCUCUGAAGCUGCGACCGGCCCGUCUGGCGACGACGCCACCUCUGAAGCUGCGACCGGCCCGUCCGGCGACGACGCCACCUCUGAAGCUGCGACCGGCCCGUCUGGCGACGACGCCACCUCUGAAGCUGCGACCGGCCCGUCCGGCGAC